AUGCGGAGUGUGGGCCGCGGGGCGACGUCUGCGCGAUGCGGGCGCUGCUGCCGGCCUGGCGCUUGCAGGUUCCGGCUCGGGCUCCGGCGCCGGUCUGUAGUUUAUGCUGCGCUUCCCGGAGGAGGCCGGCGCACCAGUGGCAGGGACGGGCCUCCAGCCCCGGCCCAGGGGAUGGCCCGGCGGUCCGUCCCCGAGCCCGGGAGCGGCCCCCCUGGCGGGUGCUCUUCUUCGGCACCGACGACUUUGCCCGGGAGGCGCUGCGGGCUUUGAGCGCGGCCAGGGAAAAUAAAGGGGACCAGCUAGUUGAAAAUUUAGAGGUGGUCACAGUGCCUUCACCAAAAGGAGUGCCGGUGAAAAGUUACGCCCUUCAAGCUCAGCUUCCGGUAUAUGAAUGGCCCCAUGUGGGAUCUGGGGAGUUCGAUGUUGGAGUAGUGGCUUCAUUUGGUCGGCUUUUGAGUGAGGAACUCAUUCUUAAAUUUCCAUAUGGCAUACUGAAUGUCCAUCCCAGUUAUCUCCCAAGAUGGCGAGGUCCUGCCCCUGUAGUCCAUACAGUGCUUCAUGGAGACACAGUUACUGGGGUAACGAUAAUGCAAAUCAAACCUAAAAGGUUCGAUGUAGGUCCAAUUAUUAAACAAGAAGCAAUUCCUGUACCACCUCAGUGCACAGCAAAGGAAUUGGAAACAGUAUUAUCAAGGUUGGGUGCCAACAUGCUUAUUUCAGUUUUGAGAAACUUACCUGAAAGCUUAAAAAAUGAAAGGCAGCAACCAGCUGAAGGAGUAACAUAUGCUCCCAAGAUCUCUGUUGCUUUGAGUUGUAUAAAAUGGGAGGAACAGACUCCAGAGGAAAUACUACGGCUUCAGCGUGCCAUUGGCAGCAUGAUUCCAUUGCAGACACUUUGGAUGGGUAGCACCAUUAAACUUCUGGAUUUGGUGGAAGCUACUAGUCCAGGCCUUGCUGAUCAGAAAUUAACGGGACAGUCUGCUCUUCCAGGAACAAUAAUAUACCACAAACAGUCACAAACCCUCUUGGUUUGUUGCAAGGGUGGCUGGAUUGGCAUACGGUCAGUUAUAUUCAAGAAAAAACUUACCGCUGCUGAUUUCUACAAUGGUUAUUUGCACCUUUGGUUGCAGCAGAAUUCCCAAGCCCAGCUAAAGGAGUGUAGAUUUCAGACUCUCAACCUUACAAAAAAGAAACAUGGGAAAGAAUCGAAAUUGUUGCUGCGCAACAGUGCAUUGAGUGUUUAGGGAAAAGACGGACAAAAAUCUGCUAUCUAUAAUUUAAGAAAUCUGAUUAACUAGGAAUUACCACUUCAUUUGCUGAAGGCGGCACUAUUCAGGGAAGAGAAGAUUUUUUGCUACUUCAGAUUUUGAAAUAGUCAACAGCUUUCUCUUUACAAAAUGACCUUGUCUACUUUAAUGGCUAAGGUGAUUUAUUAAUAAACACAUUUUUGUUUUAUUUGGGAGUAAAUAAAACUGUAUACUAUUGCAAAAUAGAUAAAAUUGUAUAUCUUUCUGAGAGCAUAGACAGACACUGAUAUGUUUAUGGAUAUAGGUGUGUCGUGCUUUAUCCACUUGAUAUGUUAUUUAAAAAUUUUUUGUAAACUGAAUUUUUGAAAAUUGAAUUAUUUCUCCUUUAAGUUUUUUUUAUACUUUUAGAGGCAGUGUUUUAAUUCCAUUUCUCAGUGAUCUUUAGUUAGUGAACUUUAAAUUUCCCUCCCCUCCUUUACGUCCAGCUUCCUUUCAGGUAAUUAUAUAUAAGUAAACAUUUAAAUAUGUGAGGGAAGCCCAUUCAUGAAGAUAUUGUUUCUUUGUAAAUCCUCUUAUAAAGCAGAAGAAUCCUUCUACUAUAUGAAUAAUUACUGAUAAUUAAUAAGUUUGAUGAAUUAAAAAUUUAAGUAUC